AUAUGCAUAGAGGAUAAAAAUAAUUUACACUUGAAAUUGAUAAAAGAUUGCUAUAAAGUAGAAAUAUCUGCAAUUAAACAUAAAUCUAAUGGUCUCUUGUCCUAUCUGUGUAAUUUGAGAUCAAUGGAAAUAAUGAAUGAGAAGCAGUACACGAAUCCUAGUUUUGCCCCUAAGAUGACAGAAGAAGAGUUGAGCCAUCAAAAUAAUAUAAACAAGGUGAAAGGCUUGACCAACCUGGGAAAUACUUGUUUCUUUAACUCUGUUAUGCAGUGCCUGUCCCAGACCCAUCCACUCACCCAGCUCAUUACAAAACAGUCAAGAAAAGGAGCUCAUUUUAAUCCUCAGGUACUGAAGUAUUCUGGAGAGAAUGCACUAUCAGAGGAUGAGAAUGAUAAUUUGACAGUAAUCCAACUAAACAAGGGAGGACCAAUGAUGACCAGUUUGGCUGCUUUCCUUAAAGAAAUGCAUUCUGAUGUUGAAGAAACCAUAACUCCAUUAAACUUUUUCAACGAGGUUGUUAAACAAUUUCCCAAGUUUGAAGGAAUGCAGCAGCACGACAGUCAAGAACUUCUUAGAGAUUUAAUGGAUGGGUUGAGGAGUGAGGAGGUCAACAGACAGAGGAGUGCAAUCCAUAAACAUUUUGGGUUGUCGAAGAAAACAAAUAGAAUUGCUGUUCCUGAAAAUGUUCAGAAGAAGUUAAAACUGUACGAUAGAGCUCAAAACCAUACUCUGCUGGAUAAAAUAUUCUCAGGGAACCUCUGCUUAAAUAUCGAAAAAAGAAUUAGGAUUUUUUUUAAAGCAAACUAG